UCUACUUUGACUCUUGUCCAUCUAGCACGAUGGCCAGACCUAUGCCGCGUUUGUUUCUGAUCCGACAUGGGGAGACAGAGUGGUCGCUGAACGGGAGACACACUGGUCGAAGCGACAUCCCCCUCACUGCUCGAGGUGAACAACAGAUGAGGGACAAGGCUCCUAUCCUGGUUGGAGAAGGAAAGGCCAUUGAUCCCAAGAAUCUAUGUGUGGUUUUUGUUUCGCCCCGGAUUCGAGCACACAAGACUUUUCAUUUGUUGUUUGAGCACCUCCCCGGUUCCGACCUGCCCAGCCACAUCUUGAACGAGGAAAUGCGCGAAUGGGAUUACGGAGAGUAUGAGGGAUUGCUGGCACAUGAGAUUAGAGAGAGGCAGCCAGGAUGGAAUAUAUGGCACGAUGGGUGCCCAGGGGGCGAAAGUGUCGAUGAGAUGCGGAAUCGCGUCGACACUGUCAUAUCAAAGGUUCGCCAGUACCACAAAGAGUACGUCGAGGGAGGCAAGAACACACGCGACGUCGUGAUCGUCGCUCAUGGUCACUUCAAUCGGGUGUUCAUUGCCCGAUGGCUUAACUUCGAUCUCACAUUGGGGACUUACUUCAACGUGGAACCUGGAGGAGUAACUGUUCUGAGCUAUAAUCACAACUCCUUAGAUGAGCCUGCUCUUAACGCUUUGAACCUCCAUGCGGACCUGAGAUGAAGAUGUAUGUAGUUCGAAGUUCGAAGAGUCUAUCAGAGCUCGUCAAAUAGAAGACACAAUGGACCGGGCUGGGUAACCAUGACGAAGUACCAUAAAUGAAAUGAACCAAUUCGAGCCGGA